UUCACAAAAAGUAUCACUUGUUCUUUGUCACGCCAAGCAACACUCGCACGAAAAAAUGAUAAGUAAAUUUGUGUCGAAUUUAGAAGACAAAAGGCGACCGUUAUUGGGCCCCACUCUUUGGGGUCUGAAAUUUUGGGGACUGUGGCAACCUGAGAAAGGGAUAAUUUCAAACAUUUACAAUUUGAUCCAUAUUGCAGCAAUAUUGUUUGUUGUAAGCCAGUACAUUGAAUUGUGGAAUAUCAGAUCGGAUCUCACUUUAGCAUUGCAAAAUUUAUCAGUUUCCAUGUUGAGUACAGUUUGUGUUGUCAAAGCUAGUACGUUUGUAUGUUGGCAAAAAUCUUGGAGAGAAAUUAUAACUUACGUGUCCUCUUUAGAGGUAUCACAACUAUCAACAAAAGAUAAGAAUACAGAAAGAAUAAUUUCGAAUUAUACAAAGUAUUCGCGCAGAGUAACAAAUUUCUAUUGGAAUCUGGUGGCUGGUACUGUUUUAACCUUGAUUCUAGCACCUUUGGCUACAAUAUUAAUAUCAUCAAGAAAUGGUUCUACUUCGUAUCCAGAGAUUAUGAGCUCAUGGGCUCCAUUCGAUAGGAAAAACUGGUUUGGAUAUUGGGUAGUUUAUGUGGAACAAGCCAUGUCUUGCUUUUACGGUGGAGGGAUUGUAGCUGCAUACGACACAAAUGCUGUUGUAUUAAUGAAUUUUUUUGCUGGACAAAUGGAAUUGCUGAGUAUAAACUGUUCGAGAUUAUUCGAAAAUUCUCAAGAACUGAGUGAUUCUGAAGCGAUACGAAAGAUCCAGGAGUAUCAUAUGCAACAUCUGUUAUUAAUAAAACAUAUCAAGAUAUUAAACAGUGUCCUAUCGCCUGUAAUGUUUCUGUACGUCGUCAUAUGUUCACUUAUGAUCUGCGCCAGUGGUAUACAAAUAACAAUGAAAAGUACCACGAAGAUGGAUAUGAUCAGAAUAAUUGAGUAUUUGAUAGCUUUGAUAGCCCAACUAUUUCUGUAUUGCUGGCAUAGCAAUGAAGUGUUAGUUAUGAGUAGUAAAGUAGAGGACGGCGUAUACAAGAGUGACUGGUGGAAACGUGACUUUAAAAUCCAAGGCAAUAUACUUUUGCUCGGGGGACAGCUUAGAAAGACUGUGUGCUUCCAAGCUGGGCCUUUUGUUAAUCUCAACCUGUCCACGUUUAUUGCUGUAAUAAGAGGCUCUUAUAGUUUUUACACGCUUCUUAGCAACAAAGACAUUUCUUUAUUUAUCUUCGUACUAGCCACUUGUCUAAAAAUGAUAAGAAAAUUUAAGUCAACAGUUGAAGAUAAAAAGCAUCCUUUACUUGGACCAACUCUCUGGGGUUUGAAACAUUAUGGCAUCGUGCGGUCAUCCGGACUGUCUUACUCUGUUAACAAUUUAAUUCACUUUGUAGUAACACUUUUCGUUUUAAGCCAGUAUAUUGAAUUGUGGCGCAUUCGGUUUAACAUAACAUCAGUCUUUCAUAAUAUGUCAAUCACACUUCAAAGUACUCUAUGUGUUCUGAAAGUUUUAACUUUUGUGAUUUGGCAGCAACCUUGGAGCGAAAUAAUAAAUUACGUAUCUUCUACGGAAUUGUCACAACUUUCUUCGGAUGAUGAGGAAACAAAGAAAAUAAUUGACAGAUAUACGAAAUAUUCACGAGUUGUCACAUACUCUUACUGGUUUGCGUUGAUUUUGACAAUUUCUUCGGAAAUAUUUAUGACUUUGAUCACGGUAUUAUUUUUGGAAUAUAGACACGAUUCUACUUCUUAUAAUUCCACCGUACCGCGUAUAGAAAUCUUGAGUUCAUGGACGCCUUUCGACAGAACCCAAGGUUUUGCUUAUUGGAUGAUGUUUGUGUUACAUUCAAGUUUUUCCUUCUACACUGGUGGUAUUUCAUCCUUUUAUGACACGAAUGUUAUAGUUCUCAUGAAUUUCUUUGCUGGACAAUUGGAGAUAUUAAAAAUUAAUUGUUCAAGAUUAUUUGUGGAUGCAGAAUUGAGUAACGAAGAAGUGUUACAAAAGAUCAGGGACUGUCACAAUCAUCAUUUAUCUCUGCACAAAUAUUGUAAACUUUUAAACAGUGUUCUAUCGCCUGUUCAGUUUCUGUACGUCAUAAUUUGUUCACUUAUGAUUUGCAUUAACGCUGUUCAAUUUAAUUCAAAUAUGAACACGCACAUGGAAUAUAUUCGGAUGGCAGUUUACAUAAUUGCGUUGGUUUUUCAGCUAUUUCUCUAUUGCUGGCAUAGCAACGAAGUCUUAAUUAUGAGUCAGCAAGUAGACGGCGGCGUCUACAAGAGUGACUGGUGGAGCCGUGACGUAACAAUCCGUCGGUGCGUACUGCUUCUAGGCGGCCAGCUCCGCAAAACUGUGUACUUUUCUGCUGGUCCAUUUGUUUAUUUCAAUAUACCCACUUUUAUUGCUAUAAUGAAAGCAUCAUAUAGUUAUUACACGAUUCUGAGUCAGAGAAAAGAUUAAGCGUCUUCAUCAUCAUUUACAAUUUGUUUGAAUAAAAUAUCUAUUAUUAUAAUAACUAUGUCAUUUUAAAAUCACAUAAUAAUGUACUAUGUAUGCACUAUUAAAAUUAAUUAAUUAUUACACUAUUAAAGUUUUCAAGCGACAACUGUUGGCUUGUAUCUGAAGCUACGAAAGGAGCGAUAUUUCUUCUUGUUAUUGUAUUAUUCCAGAGAUUCUACGAGUCAUAUUUAAAAUAAAUGUUUAAAUCAA